AUGGCAUUCCUCUUCCUCAAGCAGAAGCUCUUCCCUACAAAGGAAUCAGACAAAAUACACCCAGGUAAACAGAGGAAAGAAUGCACAACGACAGAGGCAUAUACUGACGGCGCUUCAACUCUAGGCAAGCGGCUCCUCGCUCGCAUUGACGACGACGAUACCAUCCACGGAGACUCCGAACCAGACCUCGAGUCUCAAAGCGGCCGCUCUUACGACACCUUCGGACGGUGCAGCAGCCCCGACGAAUCAACAACCACAAUCACCAGCAACAGCAGCACCCGCGCGCGCAUCAACCCACGUAUCGUCUCAGAUGCUAUCCUCGGCCUCUCAGACGGGCUGACGGUUCCCUUCGCCCUGAGCGCGGGUCUUUCCGCACUCGGAAACACAAAAGUGGUUGUGCUUGGUGGACUUGCCGAACUGGCAGCCGGAGCCAUCUCCAUGGGACUUGGUGGAUACGUCGGCGCAAAGAGUGAAGCUGAAUCCUAUCAAACAACAGUCCGCGAAACACAACAGUUAAUCCAGACGGACUCGCAAGAGACUCGCGCCAUGGUGCGCGAGACCUUCUCUCCGUACGGGCUCUCAGACUCGGCGGUUGCGGAUAUCACGCGUGACUUGCAUGCGUCCCAAGACCGCCUCCUUGAAUUCCUACUUGCUUUCCAUCAUCGAGAGAUUGCGCCUGACUGCAAUCAGGCGUGGACUUCGGCCACCACGCUCGCGCUGGGUUAUUUUAUUGGCGGGUUUAUUCCGCUUAUCCCCUACUUCAUUGUCUCGCAGGUGAUGGUUGCGCUGUACUGGAGUAUUGGUGUUAUGGCGAUCACCUUGCUUGUGUUUGGGUAUGUCAAGACCUGUGUUGUGCGCGGCUGGUCUGGCCGGGCCAAUGUACUGGCUGGGAUUUGGGGCGGAAUGCAAAUGUGUUGCGUUGGAGGUGUUGCUGCUGGUGCGGCGAUUGGACUGGUCCAGUUCAUUGAUAUGGGUAGUACUCGCCCCUGA